AUGAGGUUCUCGCCCAUGAUUCUCAGUACGCUGGUUGUGGGAUAUGCAUUGGGAGCACCAAUGAGCUCAUCAAAAGGCGAGUCCUACUCCACUACCUCCCAUCUACCCUGGCUAAUUUUGCAAGCAGCUGCGGGGAUACGCAGCCUGCAACCUGCUAGGGACAUUUCGCCAAAGACCCGGAGCGCUGAACUAGAACCCGACGAGAACAUGGUUUACAGCGAGUACAAAGCCAGUCGCAGCACCGAGACUCGAGCCACAGAGGCAAAGGAUCAAGAUGAUGAGGUGCUAUACACAGAAUACAGCCCCGAAGGAACCAAGCCUGUUGGCGACCGUCAGACCUGA